CAAUUUUGCUCAGUCGAGAUCUUUCUAAAACAUUUUUCGACAUUCGCAGUUUAUGAACAAUUUUGCGUAACACUUAUUUCUGGUUGACGAGAUCGAACAAUCGCAACCGUGGACUACAGGGCAGAGAAAUUGUUGGAGGGCGAUGGGGAUGAGCUGUCGUGUGAGGGCAUCAUCGUCAAGCGCGAGGCCUUGGAUGGAGUUUUCGGCGAAUCUUCGGUGGCCAUCGAAGAAGAAGAACACUCGCGAUCCUUGUGGUCGUCUCGGUCUUCCUUCGAUGAGGAUCUCUCCAUCAACUUGGGACAUUGCACCUCGAAUGUUGAGUGCCUUAUUGACCCCCUACCAUCGCCGUCCUCACCCACAGACUAUCAUGUCGGUUCUAAAGCCAACGUAUCACCAAUGGCUGCCUCUUCAGGGAUCCUCCGUAAUGCGCUAGCAAGCGCCCCUGCCAGGAGUCGUAUUAAAAACGUACCCAUGCAACGUUCGUCUCUAAAUCGAUCUCAGCAUCAACAGCGCCAACAACAGCAAACGCAACAGCAGCAACAAACGCUACAACUAGUGCAACGUCAACAACAGCAGGCACAUAUACCACAAACUCAACAUCUUCAGCAGCGUCAGCAACUGAUUCAUCAGGCACAAGAACAUCAGCAACUCCAACUGCAGCAACAGCAACAAAUACAUCAGCAGGUGAACAGGCAACAGCAACAACAAGGUCGUCAACAGGAUCACUCCUCUGUUCCUCAACAGCUGCAGAACUUGACAGGAGUGACGUGGCGAGAGGCACGUAACUGCAGCCAGGUCCUUGAAUGCGAUGCUUCAUUACUGCCCAGCUUUGGCACGAGCUUCUUGCCCGUACCUAACGUGUCCGUCGCAGGACUCGAAAUUUCUGCAGUGUCAGUCGCACCGUCGGAAAUUUUCAGGGCGUCUGUAGCCUCGACAUCACAGCAGCAGCAGCAACAACAGCACAGCUCGACCUUCACUCUUGCAGACGCUUCAAAUUCUAUACCAAUGAGCGUCCAAUUCUAUAACGGCGUUAUGAACGGUGCGUGCAGUGCAAACAACAGCAACAACAACACGCGAUCUCUCUCUCAGCUGCGACUGCAAGCUUCAAAAAUGCCAUGUCCCUCCCCCACCGGUGACUCCACCAUCAUCUUGGCUGGAGGAAAAGCUGGGGCCUCCAUCACGUCCUCCCCAGGUCCUCCCCUCAUCACCAUCAUGCAUCCAGAGUCUCCCCAAGGCGGUGCUAAGGUGAUAGCCAGCAGUGGCGUGGGGCACGCCUCACCUGCCAGCUUCCUCAAGACUUCUCCCUUCAGCAGUGAGCCUCACGUCAUCACCGUCACUGGGGAAGGAGGCCAGACCUCCUAUAUUUCCUUGACGCCAGUGAACCCCUCGUCUUUUGUGUCGGAGGCUGACGCGGGCAGCGAGCUGGACGGCGCUGGCGUGCCGUCCACCAUCAUCACGGCCACCACCGUCCCUCACUCUUAUGAUGAGUACGUCCACGCCCUGCAUCUCCCGCCCCCACAGUCCCCUCAUCUCCUUCAUCCUCUUCCUUCCCUCUCUUCCCCUCGCAUCUCUACUACUCCUCCCCACCACCAUCACCACCACCACCACUCACUUCAUACGUCGCUACAAUGUGCUGGUGUUGAUACUAAUAGUAGUGGUGACGGUGGUGGUGGUGGUGGAAGGACAUCACCUUCACCCUGUUCUUCGCACGGUACUUUAGCAUCAGCAGCACUGCAGCACCACCACCACCAUCACCACAAUCAUCUCGCACAGCAUCACGACUCGAGCGUCUCUGCGAGCUCUGCAACAGCCGCCGCGCAACACGAUCUCUUUGGCUCCGCUGGCCAGAUGUAA